UUGGACUCAGAUCAAGUUUUACAAAACUAAUGAAGAUUAAAACAAACUCCUGGGAUUGUUUCCACCUAACAUUCAUCUACAUUUACACAGAUGCUGAAGAACAUUAUUGACUGUACUCUACAUGUUAGUAGAGAGGUUCACAAGUGCUUUUGUCUGCUUGGCUGGGUUAACAAAUGCUUAACAUGUCUAUAUACUGUUUAUUUAUUCUAUUGAUAUGGCAUAUUUACUGAGACAUAUGUUAUGCAUAUUGGGUCAUACAGCCCUCUCCACAUCCAUGAUAUCCACAGAAAUAGCCAAGAGUGUGCAUAUGUAUAUAAGAAAGACAAAAGAUGAACAUAUAGUUUCUAAUGUACUUGUAUGAUGUGUAUGUAUGGCAUGUAUAGAAAAUUCUGAACUGGAAAAACAAGCAGGCGAAAUACAAAAACAUGACUGAGAGACCCAAUUAACCAGAAAUAUUUUCUUCAUAGAAAUAUGGCACAGAUACAUAAUAAGUUGUGUGAGUAAAACUCACUUACAAAAGUGUCCCACAUUACCUGACUUUACCCUGCUUUCAUUUAUCUUAGUUUCAUGGACGUGUGUUUGUCCUGAGUGCAGAGGUGAGGGGUUGGUUUUUAAAACAGUCUAGUGCAGGGGUGUCAAACAUACGGUCUGGGGGCCAGAACUGGCCCACCAAAGGGUCCAAUCCGGCCCUCUAGAUUUUGCACACGUAAUGUUGAUGCACAUGUGACGGCUGAGAGGUUUCAGGAGCAAUUUAAACAGUGAGCAUAAACUUCAUGUAAAAUGCAGCCUCAGAGGCUUUUACACUCUGACCAGAAUACAGCUCUCUGAAACAACAAUGAAUACUUACUGUGGUCAUAUUUAAAGAUAUUGAACACUGUGCAAAAUAUUGUCAACCAGCAGCUUCAGUACAAAAGAAUCUGUAUCAGACUUCUGUCUUAAAACAAUAUUGCACUGACAAAACUUCAGUCUGUAAGGCAGGGGAGGACUUAACCUGCUUCAUCAAUAGCUUCUACUUUAGUGGAAUAUUAUGAAAAAAAUGCUCAUGGAAUGACAGUGAGUAAGGGACUGACUGAAUGUGGAAAAACUAAAACACACUGUUGAAUUUGCACAUCAUUUUUCUUUCUUCUUUGUUUGGUAAAUGGAUGAAUAAUGUCAGAAUGAAAGAAAAAAUUAAAGGGGUUGAUAUUUAUAGGAGAGUAUGCAGUGGUGUCAGUGGUCUGGCCCACCAGAUCAAAUUGGGCUGUAUGUGGCCCCUGAACUAAAAUGAGUUUGACUCCCCUGGUCCAGUGAUUAAACUGCUUGUAGCUGCAGCAGCCUCCAGAGGGAGACAGUCUCAUUUACAUGGAUUGUGUCUGACUUCCUUUACUCUCACUCUGAACACCCUGAGCACAAGAAACUUCCAGAAGCAAGGACAGCAAUUAUGAGUACAUGUAACUCUCACCAUAAUAGAUUAUGUGGGAAAUUCUCUUCUUUUCUAGGGUUAAAUUUAGGCUUAUUUUUUUUAUUGACUCAGUGCACAUUAAUAAUAAGAGGCUACUUUUCAACUGUAGAUCCUGGACAGAUGUUUCAAAGUCUUCCCAAAACAGAAUAUGAGACAAAUAUAACAAAGCUGCGUACUUAUCAUUCUUGCGCCAUUUUCUUGGUAAACACAUUUUGCUUAAAUAUAUAGCUGUAUUGAUAACUAAUAGGCGAUUAAAAAGUUUUAUUUAUCUAAUCAAAAUAGUUUUAAAUAGUCGCAUUUAUAACGUAUGCAUUGAUACCUGGUCUAGGAAGAGAUCUAAUUUUAGUAUUUGGUGCCGUUUGUUUAACAGAGGAAAGUUUCUUUUUCAGGCAUUUUUGUGGUCACUUUAUUGAACCCGAAGACUCCUGAAUGUUUCCUCAGAUCUGCAGUGAAAGCUUUUGAGAUUUAACAUUUUUGUCAUGACGCAACAACUUAAAUGUUUAUAACAACACCAAAAAUACAUAAGAAAAAUAGGUGUUGAAAUGAGGUGAAAUCAGAGUAUUAUUUCUGGUAUUUGGGGGAGACCCCCGGGAGUCCCUGAAGGACCCUUGCAGGUCUGCGCUCUCCUGCAGCCUGAGAGGAAAGCUGUGAUUGUGCUCCGGCCAUUCAUGUCUUGGAGGGGAGGAGUUAGUGCAGCCAAAGAGGGGUCAUAACAAAAUGUGUGUCCCCGACUAGAGCAGCAUUAUUUCCGCCCUGGUCCGGUGCCGUCCUGAGUGUCUCUGUGAGGAGCUUUUAAAUGGACUCUCACACGAGUCGAAGCUGAUUGUUGUUGUGCCUGACAGCCGCUCGGUCUGCUCCCCGCCGGUCCGCUCCUCACUGUCUGAACCGAAGCAGAGGAUGGAUGGAAACGUUUCACCGGCUGCGAUCUUCUCUGUAGUCCUGCUUACCGUCGUGUUGUCAUCCUCAGCAGCUUUCCUGGAGCCUUACGACCUCCUAUAUGAGAAUGCGGUGCAGGCGUUUUACAACAACGACUACACCAACGUGGUGCGCUACAUGGAGGCAGCGCUCGGCAGUUACGCAGAGGUCCGGCGCACUAAGAUCCGGUGCCGGCUGAGGUGCCAGGACCAGCAUCCUUUUGAUGAAACCUUCUCGGACCUGCGCUUCCCUGACGUGGUGCUCCGGAGAGCGGCGUGUAUGGACACAUGCAUCGAGGAGAAACUUGGCACUCAGUCUCUGCAUAAAGUCAGCGAGGAUGUAGUGCAGGACUUCAACAGGAGGAUCCCCUACAACUAUCUUCAGAUGGCCUAUCAGAAGUUGAAGCAGCCAGACAAGGCAGCGGCGGCAGCUCACACUUAUUUCCAGGCCAACCCAGAGCAUGUGGAGAUGGGUCAGAACCUGGAGCAGUACAAAGACCUGCAGGGCGUUGAGGAGGAACACUUUGUUGACCGAGAAGCUCGACCUCACCAGCGCUCCUUCACAGCAGCAGUGAGGCUGUAUGAUAAAGGCGACCACGAAGCAGCCAUCGUUCUGUUUGAGGAGGCUUUGGUGGAGUACUAUAAAGCAGACACCGAGUGUCGGGUCCUGUGUCAGUUGCCGCAGAGGUUUGAGGGCCACGACUACCUCCGCUACCGCUACAGCCUUUAUGAGGUCAUAUCAGAUCACUUCACUCAGGUGCUGCACUGUGAACACGAAUGUGUACGAGAUCUCGCCACCCGGCCAGGCCGCCUCUCACCCAUGGAGAACUACCUGCCUCUGCACUACGACUACCUUCAGUUUGCCUACUUCCAAUUGGACAGGCUGGAGGAGGCGCUACAGUGUGCUCUGACCUACCUGUUAUUCCACGAGGGAGAGGAGUUCAUGACGGAAAACGUGGAUUACUACAGAGAGCUGCUGGGAUACGACAGCAAGCCAAGAGAGAAAGCUGCAUGGUACCUGAGGAGGCACAAACAGGAACUGGAGCUCCUUCUGAUUGGCAGCAAAACCAUGGGUGUGGAAUUUACAGAAGGGAAUUACUGGAGCAACACAGGUGGAAGAGAAGACUCAAACAGGAUCCCCUCUGGUACAGACGGCUGGAUGGAGUAUGUUCCCAUCUCAGAGAAGAAGAACGUCACCAUCGCUGCUGCACAGCAACUCAAAGAAGGUGGUCCUCUGGUGUAUGACAGCGUGCAGCUGGUGCAGAAUUCUGCAGCCUUGAACGGUACCCAGCGAGUGCUGCUGGAUCAUGUUAUAUCUGAGGAGGAGUGUACAGACCUCAGGCAGCUGGCACAUGCGGUUACCAUGGCAGGAGACGGCUACAGAGGGAGGAUGUCUCCACACACGCCCAAUGAGAAGUUUGAAGGAGCCACUGUACUCAAAACCCUGCAGUACGGCUAUGAGGGCAGGGUCCCGAUGAGGAGCGCCCGCCUGUUCUACGAUAUCAGCGAGCGAGCGAGACGGGUUAUAGAGUCUUACUUCCUGCUCAACUCCACCCUGCACUUCUCCUACACACACCUGGUGUGCCGGACAGCCAUCACAGGCCAGCAAGAUCACAGGAAUGACCUCAGCCAUCCCAUCCAUGCCGACAACUGUCUGCUGGACCCCGAGGCCAAUGAGUGCUGGAAGGAGCCGCCAGCGUACACAUACAGAGACUACAGUGCACUGUUAUACCUAAAUGGAGAUUUUGAAGGAGGGGAGUUCAUAUUCACAGAAAUGGAUGCCAAAACAGUCACGGCAUCAGUGAAGCCCAGGUGUGGCCGGAUGGUGGGUUUCUCAUCAGGAGGGGAGAAUCCACACGGUGUGAAGGCCGUCACCAGCGGGCAGAGGUGUGCUGUCGCUCUGUGGUUCACCCUCGACCCGCUCUUCAGAGAACUGGAGAGACUGCAGGCGGAUGAGGUGAUCCAGGCGUUGGACACACAGGCUGUGUGGGGUCAAGGCCUCAACAUCAACCCCAAAGAUGAACUGUAGGUGCAGCUCCACCCCCCCUCCCCUCCCCCCGACCCCCUCCCAUCGAAUCCUUCUAUAUAUUUUAACUAUUUAUUGAAUCGAGCUUUGGAUCAGAACUUUUCUAUUUUUGUACUGUUUGAAGUGCAAGAUUAAUGAUAUUGUUGUGUUGUCAGGCGUUUUUUAUUUUCAUGUUUCUCUACACACAAGUACUUGAGUUUACCUUUUGCUCUUUGUCUUUCCCUCCAGUGACAGCUUCUAGUAGAAAUUAAGAAAAAUAAUCCAUUUCAGUUUCGUUGUAAGUAAACUGUUUCAUUUAAGACUGGUCGUAUCUGUAAUCUCACUGAACUGUGAAGACGCCAAAGAGAAGAACGGCAGUUUACUUUUUUUUUGUUUUUUGAGUUGUUGUUGUUGUUCUGGGCAACUCAUUCAAUGGGUUUUAUUCAUAAACACUAUGUAAAGAUAUUAAAAACACCUUCUUUUCAGUGGUCAGUAGUCACAAAUGAUACCGUUACAUAUGCUAUUACUAACAACAUUAUUCAUCAGUGUGUGUUUCUUUUAUUCCAGUGCCAGUAAUAAUGAUUUACCACGUAGGCAGUGCACUGUUUUUCUAAUUUGGGUACCUAAAGCUCUCCCUCAAAGAGUUUAAGAAAGAGAUACGUUCUAAUAUGCUGAAUAUUUAUGAUCAUGCACUCUGUCCUUCUCUGUGUGUUGAACCUGAAACUGAAAAAUGUCCUCUGUCUACUACUUUGUCCACUUCUCCUCUUGUUGUUGCUGUGUUUAAUCACUCUGCUCCUUCCCGGGCACACAGAGCAGAAUAUACUGGUUUACAUGUUCACUGAUACAAGAACAUGGUGUUUAACUUUUAUUUAUGUGUUGUUAUUAAUAGACAGCUGCUCUCGUAACUGUCGGCAUUUAUUAUGAGGAACUUUUUUUCAGAAAAGACGUUCAUCAUUCCUGUUUCAAGGAAUACAUAUGUGUAUCUAUCUUUUAUGUCUUUAUAUUUGUGUUGAUGAUUCAGAUGAUAGGCCGAGUCGUGCACUGUAAAUCCAAUGGAAAGAAACAUGCAAAGAGUUUUUUUGUUUUUUUUUCUUCCUACAAUAGAUUCAAACUGCUAACCAAGAAGCUUAAUCCUGUUGGUAUGAGGUUGGCCACUUUUGUUUCACUGAUAUUUAAUUCUGAAAUGCUGUAGCACACAAAAAUGUAUGUGUACAUGCCUAAAAAUUAAAAAUAUAAAACUCCA